AACUGAAAUCAUAAAUUUGAAAAAGAAGUUAAAAAAUCAAUUUUUUGGUAUUUUAAUUCUGUAAAAACGAAAAAAAAAAAAAUCAUAACUUUGAUUAAAAAACAUGAUAAUUUUCAGAAAAACUAUAGGUUAUGGGCCGGGAGUGGUCCAGCAAGAAUUGGAGAUGAUGCAUAUAGUUAUGGCAUUGUAUUUAUCAAAAUAAUAAAUGUUAGUAACUUUGACCAUCUAACGUUAUCAGUAUGCCUUACAACUAAUUCAUUUUCGCUCGCUUUUAACUUGCCGCGAAUUCUCUCAAUAUUCGUUUCCAAACAUGGCCACGAGAUCCCUGUGGCGCACCAGGACCAAACUUGCGGUGGCAGCCACCGCAAUUUUAACAGGCGGUGCUGCCGCCACCGUCGCCACUUCCGAUGAUCCGGCAAUGGCACUGAAACUUUGCACUACCGUCCCUGUCCGCCUCGCACGUGACGCCAUAACUGCCGCCUCUAUCGCCUUUGAUUAUGAAUACUCAUUAUUGGGACUACCGGAAGGAAGUGCUGAGGGGUCUAAAAUGAAACAUGAGGUUCACUUAAGGUCUGCUCGGAAGCUCCAGGAACUAUGUUUCAAAAAUGGAGGAAUAUAUAUCAAGCUUGGUCAACACAUUGGACAGCUGGAGUAUUUAGUCCCUGAGGAGUAUGUCAAGAUAAUGAGGGAGUCGAUGCUGAAUAAAUGUCCAGUCUCUUCAUAUGAUCAAGUGUGUGAAGUUUUCAAGAAAGAGCUUGGAGAAACCCCAGAUAAAGUUUUUGUUGAAUUUGAUCCUGUUCCUAUAGCAAGUGCUUCUCUUGCUCAAGUUCAUGUUGCUCGGACAACUGAUGGGCAAAAAGUUGCUGUGAAGGUUCAGCACACUCACAUGACAGAUACUGCGGCUGCAGAUAAUGCAUCUGUUGAAAUGAUCGUGAACACUCUACACUGGCUUUUCCCUUCUUUUGAUUACAGAUGGUUGGUUGCUGAAAUGCGUGAAAGUGUACCUAAGGAACUCGAUUUUUUAGUUGAGGCCAAGAAUAGUGAGAAGUGCCUGCACAAUUUUCGGAAGCUAUCCCCUCAUAUUGCAGACUAUGUCUACGCACCAAAGGUUCAUUGGAACUUGAGCACUUCAAAGUUGUUAACCAUGGAAUUUAUAGAUGCUGCACAAGUGAAUGAUGUGAAGGCCAUCCAAGGACUUGGAAUUCAACCUUGUGAAGUUGCAAAAUUAGUUAGUCAAACUUUUGCUGAGAUGAUGUUUAAACAUGGAUUUGUGCAUUGUGACCCACAUGCUGCCAACUUAUUGGUUCGCCCUUUGCCUUCUGAUAGAAGAAGCAUUUUAGGCAAGAGAAAACCACAAUUAAUUCUUUUGGACCAUGGAUUAUAUAAAGAACUUGACUUCACUACUAGAUUUAAUUAUGCUGCCCUUUGGAAGGCAUUGGUAUUUGCUGAUGCUCAUUCAAUAAAGGAAAAUAGUGUUAAGUUGGGUGCUGGAGAGGAUCUAUAUGCACUAUUUGCAGGAAUUCUUACUAUGAGACCCUGGAAUAGGGUUGUUGACUCAGCUGUUGAUCAUUUGGUUAUCCAAGGCAAUGACAACGAGCGUUCGGAACUACAGAUGUACGCAUCUCAGUAUUUUCCUCAGAUUUCAGAGCUACUAAGGAGGCUACCGCGUGUGAUUUUGUUAAUGUUGAAGACCAAUGACUGUUUACGAGCAGUAAAUAAUUCUCUGUUGCAGGGAUAUUCUCUCGAGACAUUUUUCAUCAUCGGAAAAGUUUCCUCCGAGGCAGUUAUUGAGGCGAAGAAGUUGCAAAGAAAAUCCUUUUUAAGUAGGUUAGAUAUAUGGCUGGAGGAAAUCUUGUUGGAGGCUCGACUUCUGGCAAUGCAGAUAGCACUGUGGCUUUUACAAGUUAGAAGAGCUUUGACAGGUUCAUCCUAGAAAUCACUAUAAACUCAUUAUAAGGACCCAAUUUCUUUUACCUUCUUUUUUUUUUUCCUCUAACCAUACUAGGGUCCCAUUCUUUAUCUCCAUACCUCACAAAUAAUGCAAUAGCCUGCUAAAUUGACACACAUUGAUUUGUUUUGUCCUUGGUGAAAAAGGAACAGAUAUAUGUUGUAUUCAUUCUUUUUCCGUGUGUCAUAUUCACAUUUUAAUAUGGGGGUUAAUUAAUGCCCCCCACAAAACCCCAUCAAUUGGGAAAGAGAAAACUACAAGAAACCCAUUGUAUGCAAGAAUAACAUCAAAACUUUAGAUUUUUGCUGUUUAUUUUCUUUCAAGUAUCAUCUAUUAAGGAUCUUAUUUGGUUUA